AGAAAAAGGGUCUCAAAACUUUCACUUCCCCCCCUGAAGCCAUCUUCACCUGCUUCCAGUUCUUCAGUUUGGUGCCAUAGAGAGCUUUCUAAGCUGGGAUUUUUCCCAAGACCUUCUUCUUCUUCUUUAGACCACAGGUUAAGGUUCAAGAUUGUGGGUCAGUCUCUUGGAGAUAGAUGGAAGCUUAAUGAUAUUGACACCAGUGCAGUACAAGAAACAUUUAAUUCAUGGCUAUCCAAGACUCAAAAUUUCUUGAAUGAGGCGCUGGUGAAGACGGGUCACAGUGGGAAGCCUGAUCCGAGAAAUGAAUUUGAUAGUCAAGAGAUGGAGGAUAUUUUUAUGACAGAACAAACCAUUGAUAGUAAUACGCCGAAUGGGAUUCUUUCUUUAGCUGCUAUUGUAUCUAUUGAGCAAUUUUGCAGGAUGAACGGUUUGACUGGACAAAAAAUGCAGAAGAUAUUUAUAGCACUUGUUCCUGAAUCUGUCUACUCUGAUGCCCGUAAUUUAGUGGAAUAUUGCUGGUUUAGGUUUUUGUCAACAUAUAGCUCAGACAUCCAUCCCUGCCUGAAGGUAAAGAAAAUGCAUGAAGGACAGAACUCGUACCAGAUUCGUGAAUCUUCUCAGCUUUCUAGGGAGAGAAUCUUAUGCAUUGGUUCCAGCAGGAAGAGGCCUGUCAUAAAAUGGGAGAAUAACAUGGCAUUGCCAGGAAAACUUACUUUAACUGAUAAAGCAUUGUAUUUUGAGGCUGUUGGCUUGCUGGGGCAAAAAGGUGUCAAAAGGCUUGAUCUUGCAAGACAUGGAUUACAGGUAAAGAAAGCAAAAGUUGGACCUUUGGGUUUUGAUCUUUUUGAUUCAGCUGUCUCUGUUUCAUCUGGCAUUGAGUCAGGGACAUGGGUGCUGGAAUUUGUCGACUUGGGAGGUGAGUUAAGACGGGAUGUUUGGCAUGCAUUCGUUAGUGAAGUUAUUGCUUCACACAAGUUUAUUUGUGAUUAUGGACCCAGGGAUAGUGAUCAAUUAAUAUUUCAAGUAUAUGGUGCCCACAAAGGGAAGGAAAGGGCUAUUAUGAGUGCUGUCAACAGUAUUGCAAGACUGCAGGCCCUUCAGUUUAUGCGCAAGUUGUUGGAUGAUCCUAUAAAACUUGUACUGUUCUCAUAUUUGCAAUAUGCACCCUACGGUGAUAUUGUGUGCCAAACUCUUGCUGCAUAUUAUUGGGCUGGACCAUUGGUUACUAAAUUUACUGAGCCAGGAGAAAAACCUGCUCAAGGAACAAAACCUUUGGAUGAGAUAUAUGAAAGUAGUAAUCAUGUGUUUGACAAUGAUGGAAGUGUUUACUUGAGGAAGUGGGUGAUGUCUCCAUCUUGGGCUUCCAGUGUUUCUACUAGUUUCUGGAAGAACUCUUCAGUAAGACAAGGAGUAAUAUUAAGUAAAAAUCUUGUUGUAGCAGGUUUGACUCUUGUAGAAAGGGGCAACAUUGAUAUGCAAAGAGAAGUCCCAGACUGUUGAAAAACUCAAGCAACAGUUGAUGCUGCAAUGAUUAAAGGAAUACCCGGUAACAUUGACCUUUUCAAGGAACUUAUGUUUCCUUUGACUUUGACUGCCAAGAAAUUUGAAAAACUUAGAUGCUGGGAGGAGCCACACCUGACUAUCUCCUUUCUUGCAUUUGCUUAUGCUAUAAUUUUCAGGAAUUUGCUGUCAUAUGUAUUUCCCAUGUCGCUGAUGGUUUUGGCAGCUGGUAUGCUUACACUCAAGGGGUUGAAGGUGCAAGGUCGCCUGGGAAGAACUUUUGGAAAAGUUACUAUCCGUGAUCAGCCUCCUUCAAAUACUAUUCAAAAGAUUAUAGCAGUAAAAGAUGCCAUGCAGGAUGUGGAAAAUUAUCUCCAGAAUCUGAAUGUCACACUUCUGAAAAUACGCACAAUAUUUCUUUCAGGGCAGCCUCAGAUAACAACUGAGGUGGCACUAUUAUUGUUAACUUCUGCCACCAUUCUCCUGAUUGUUCCUUUCAAGUACAUUCUUGCAUUCCUUCUCAUGGAUCUCUUCACUCGGGAGUUUGAGUUCCGAAGGGAAAUGGUUAAGAAGUUCAUAAGUUUUUUGAAGGAGCGUUGGGACACAGUUCCUGCAGCCCCUGUAGUUGUAUUACCAUUUGAAAGUGACGAGUCCAGAACAGCAAUUCAAACAAGGGAAACAACUGAACAAGAUAUCAAAAAGAAGUUAGAGAAGUGGGAAGAAUAGGUAGAUUGUGGACCAUGCAUUACAUAAAUGUAGCACAAUAAGCAUGGGAAUUUGCUUCUUUUUGGCUGCAGUAUUUUGACUGCUUGAGCUGUGGAUUAGUGCAUCAGCCCAGGAUAGAAUGACAAGGUGGAAAAAUUAUUACAUUUGUAAUGAUACGCUGAUAUAUAUGACACUGCUUGAAUCAAAAUGCAAAUAGACUUAAUUUAAGGAGGAUCAGGGUUUUGUGCUGAGCUUUGCUGAACAUAAGACAAUAUUUUGAGCUUCAAAUACUUUUACAGACUUGAAUGCAUCCCAUCUUUAACUGAUAGGGCUGCGUGAUUUAUAGUUGACCAAGUAGGUGCUUCUUGUAUUCUGCUACCGCCAUUCGGGGCAAGUUCCUGCAUGUCAUUCAGUGAGAUAACGACAUAUAAUAUGCUACCAUCAACAACUAUAUCUUAUACUGUUUCAGGUGGGAGCUUCACAGAAUCUGUUUUCCCUGUAGGAUGUGCCUUUUGUAUGUCUGUAGCAUUUCAAUGAAUAUAUAUGUCCUUUCAGAAUGUGGAAAGGUACAGCUUUUGUAGAUGUUCCUAGACAUGUAAAACUGACAUCACAGUUGAUGAAUUUUUCAAGAUGGCUUUUGUCAUCUACAUUCUGCAAUAGUUUAAUAUAUGCUUGUCAUAAAAGAAAGCUUGGAUGAGGCUGCGAAGUGCCAGUGGUCCAGAAUAGCUUACUUGACAAGUCAUGUGCCAGGGUGGUGCAUAUUGUUUGAGUCUUCCAUGAAACGUAUUUAGAUCAGGCAUAUUCAUUGGUUGAAGAUGACAUAAAGACGUGAAGGUGAUUUAUACAAAAGGAUAUCUUACUUAUUCAGGAUCUUGAAGCAUUUGUUAUGAAGACAGACUAUUGAGAAUCUUUUGAAGAAGUAACGUAACAGAAAUUUCCCUGUAAGCCUGUACAUUUUUAGUGUUCUAUUUAUUUUUGUUAUUAAAUGAAAUGAUUCUUCAAAUA